GGCACACCGGGCAGAGGCACUCCGGGCAGAGGCACAUCGGGCUGGACUCCGGGCAGAGGCACAUCGGGCUGGACUCCGGGCAGAGGCACAUCGGGCUGGACUCCGGGCAGAGGCACAUCGGGCUGGACUCCGGGCAGAGGCACAUCGGGCUGGACUCCGGGCAGAGGCACAUCGGGCUGGACUCCGGGCAGAGGCACAUCGGCCGGGCCACCGGGCAAAGCAGCAGGCACCGGGCGGAGCAGCAGCAUGCACCGGGCCACCGGGCGGAGCAGCAGGUACCGGGCCACCGGGGGAGCAGCAGGCACCGGGCCACGGGUGGGGCGACAGGCACCGGGCCCCCCGGCGGGGCGA